AGUAGGGGGGCUGGGCCUUGUGGCGGAGGAGUCGGCUUUCAGUCGGUGAGGUGCACGGUGCCCUGAAGCGGCUCUGUCUCAGCUCAUACUAACACACGCCGAGUCUGAGUGACUGGAUGCUGAGGGGGGAAAAAGAGGAGAGAAACGUUUAAGAUCAGCGAAAGAGCCGGAGCACUGCGGAGCCACAGACGGAUCCUUUCUUCUGCAGACAGCGAAGGAACGGAGAGAUUCACAGCUGAUCUGAACGCGCUCACCUGACACGGGGACCAAGAAAAGACCCUUCACUGGAGGAAUAACACAACCUACCCGUCUAUUGGAUUAGAACAUCUGUGGAACUGUCAUUUUUUGUGUGGAUAUUAUGUAAAAAGCUCAGUCCAGCUGGCCAGAGAGGCUCCAUUCAAGAUUGUUGUCCUGGUGGAUUGUGUGUCGAAAGGGGGAAUUGGAAAGCCGUUUGCAUACUAAUCAGUUUUGGAGAGGAGAUCCAGAGCAAACAUCCAGAGCUGUGGAGUGGGUCAGAUGAAUGUGUAGCAGAGCCCAGCCAUGACGAUAACCAGUAAAGGGUCAAGACGGAGGGUUUGGGUCAGCGGACGCUGUUUGUGUUCCUGGCGAGGAACGCAAGUCUUUUAUUUAUGCAUGGUCCUUGUUCUUGUUCAGUCUACAACUGUCUUCGGAGCACUGGAGCUCCAGCUGGAUGAAGAGCAGCCGGCAGGGACCAUCGUUGGUGAUAUCAGCGCUGGGUUACCACCUGGUGAAAUCGGAGGUCUUUACUUCAUCUCGGACCAUGAGAGCACAGGCGUCAGCAAUGAUCUCAACAUCGAUGAAAACACAGGCAUCAUUACCACGGCACAACGUCUGGAUCGUGAGCAGAGAGACCACUAUAGCUUUAUCGCUGUCACAAUGACAGGAGUCACUAUUGAGGUGUCGAUCACCGUUAACGACAUCAACGACCAUGCACCUGUGUUCCCCAAAAAGAAAGUCGUUCUUAAAAUUCCUGAGCACACAGCAGUUGGCACAAGGUUUUCCCUGGAGCCUGCAACAGAUGCAGAUAAGGACCAGCUGACCACUCAAGGCUACGCUAUACGAGAGGGUAAUGUAGGCCAAGCCUUUAGACUGGAGACCAAGAGAGCUGCUAACAAGGUGUUGUAUUUGGAUCUCGUAGUCAAUGGUCUUCUGGACAGGGAGAAGCGCUCAUUAUACACCUUGGUCGUUGAGGCCUUCGAUGGGGGCUCACCAAAAAGGAUGGGAUCCAUGACCCUAGACGUCACUGUGACGGACAUCAACGAUCACGCGCCGCUCUUCAAUCAGAGCAGAUACCAUGCUAUUAUCUCUGAAAGUCUCCCACAAGGCAGCAGCAUCCUACAGGUGUUUGCAACAGAUGAGGACGAAGGUGAUAAUGGUCUUGUCCUUUAUGAAAUCAACCGGCGUCAGAGUGACCCUGAUCGCUCCUUUGUCAUGGAUAUCAAGUCAGGGGUCAUCACUUUGAAUAGGCCCCUGGAUUAUGAACUGAAGAGGGUUCAUGAACUGGUGGUCCAGGCCAGGGAUAACGCCAGCCAACCUGAGGUUACCAAUGCGUUUGUGACCAUUCAUGUCCGUGACUUCAAUGACAACCAGCCAACCAUGACCAUCAUCUUUCUGAGUGAGGACGGCUCGCCAAGGAUCUCUGAAGGGGCCCAACCAGGCCAGUACGUAGCUCGGAUUUCUGUCACAGACCCCGACUAUGGAGAGUACGCUAAUGUGAAUGUAUCUCUUGAGGGGGGUGAUGGGAAGUUUGCCCUCACAACCAAGGACAGCAUCAUCUACCUGAUAUAUGUUGACCAGGUCUUGGACAGAGAGGAACGGGAUUCGUAUGACCUGAGGGUUAUGGCCACAGACUCCGGCACGCCUCCCCUCAGAGCAGAGUCAUCUUUCACCAUUCAGGUGAUUGAUGUGAAUGACAACCCCCCUCUGUUUGACCAGCAGGCCUACAGACAGACUAUUCCUGAGGUUGUCUAUCCUGGCUCCUUUGUUCUCCAAGUUACUGCCAGGGACAAGGACCAGGGCCCCAAUGGGGACGUACGAUAUAGCCUCCUCAAGGGCAAAAACUCUCACUCUGAUUGGUUUUCCAUUGACCCGGUCACAGGGAUCAUUACCACAGCGACAGCCCUAGAUUUCGAAUCAGAGCCAGCACCUAGCGUAACUGUGGUAGCAAUGGAUGGAGGCCGCCCGCCAUUGUCUUCCACAGCCAAGGUGGACAUUGUGCUCCAGGAUGUUAACGAUAACACACCUGUGUUCUCCAGCAACUUCUACAAUGCCUCCAUAAAGGAGAACACGCCAGCUGGGACCUGUUUCUUGGAGGUGUCGGCCACAGAUGAGGACCGUGGUUCCUUUGGCGCGAUAUCUUACGUCCUGGGUUCUGGCUCUGGAAGUGCAACACCAACCCACUUUACCAUCAACAAGGAGACUGGCCAGAUUUGCACCAGCACAGCUCUGGAUCGUGAUGAGGGACUGGAAAAGUUUGACCUGACCGUCACUGCAACGGAUGGAGGUGGCUUGAGCUCGGUUGCACGUGUGCGGGUCACGGUGUUGGACAUCAAUGACAACCGGCCCACUUUCUAUCCAGUCCUCUACACAGUCAGUCUCAGCACCCAUAGCGCCCCUGGAACAUCUGUCGUCAAGGUGACAGCAAAUGACCCAGAUGCUAGGGAAAAUGGCCGGGUGACCUAUCGCACGGUACCUGGAGGAGGCUCUAAUUUCUUCACUCUCAACAAGGAUACAGGUGUGAUUUCUCUUUCACGCUCGCUCCACGGUAAAGCCAACACGGUGAUCUCCCUGGUGAUAUCAGCUGAGGACGGUGGUGGUUUGACGGCACCGGUAAAUGCCAGGGUGAACGUGAGUGUGGUGGGAGGCUCCGUGGCGUCUCCCGUGUUUGACCAGGCCCAGUAUUUCUUCACCGUGUCAGAGGACGUUCUCAGGGGGACAGCGGUGGGAGUGGUCCGAGCUGCAACAAAGACAGGUGUUUCAAAGGAUAUCUUCUACUCCAUCUCUUCUGGGGACCCUGAUGGUUACUUCACAGUGGACCGAGCCUCUGGUACCAUCCGCUCUGCUCUUCCUCUGGACCAUGAGACCUGCUCCAGCCUCGACCUGGAGAUCCAGGCCCGCUCCGGCUCUCCUCCAGCGUAUGGAACCAGUCGGGUACGAAUAACCAUUUCAGACGUCAACGACAACGCCCCGACCUUCCUCCCCUCCUCAUCAGAGUCCCUGAGUUUACCUGAGAUCACCAAAAUGGGAACUGUUAUCUACAGCAUUCAGGCCACCGACAAGGACUCGGGUCAUAACGGUCAGCUGAGCUUCGACCUGGUCUCUGCUGGGUCUGCAGGCAGCAGCGGACAGAGGACGUUCGGUGUUGACCGAGGCAGCGGAGAGGUGCGUCUGAUUGGUAGUCUGUCAUACGAAAGUGUGCCACGCUAUGACCUUCAAGUGGUUGCCAAGGACGGCGGAGCGCCUCAGCUUAGCUCCACCUUCACCCUCGUGGUCCACAUCCAAGCGCAGGAUGCACAAGGCCCACAUUUCGACACGCUGACAUACCGUGUGGAGUUAAGGGAAAACACAGCUCUCAACACACGCUUCCUCCAGGUUCGAGCGCUCAACAGAGAGGCAUCUGGGAAUGGUAAAAGCUCCUCUUCAUCUUCUUCCUCCUCUAUUUCCUACCGCCUGAGGCCUGACGGUGAUGCUGCCGGUUUUGGCAUCAUGCCAGACAGUGGGUGGCUGUUUGUUCGCAGCUCUCUGGACAGAGAGGUCAAAGACAUGUACCUGUUGACUGUCCUGGCCACUUCAGGCCCCGGAGGAGUGGGGAGAACCGGCAGUGCAACAGUCAGGGUGUCUGUAACCGACGAGAACGACAAUUCACCAAGACUGAGCCAGGAGAGGGUGUUUCUGGCUGUCAGAGAGAACCUGCUCGCAGGGACCGGCUUUGGCAGGGUGUCUGCAACGGACAGAGAUGCAGGACUAAACGCUCGACUCACUUACAGGCUGCUGCACACCGACAGGCACUUUCAGAUCAAUUCACAAACAGGUGAGAUAAGCACCCGCCUCGCCCUGGACAGAGAACAGCAGUCCAGCUACCAGCUCGUUGUAGUCGUACAGGACGGAGGAACUCCGCCUCGCAGUGCCACCGGCACCGCUCACAUCUCUGUGCUGGACGAAAACGACCACGCCCCCAGUUUCAAUCACGCAAGGCCAGACAGGGAGCUGCUCCAUCAGGUGAAGGAGGGGCUUCCAUCUGGGACUUUCAUUGGGACAGUGACGGCUAAAGACCCAGACGAGGGAGAGAAUGGGACCAUAUAUUACUCGUUAUCAGGCUCCAGAGCAGAGCGGUUCUCCCUCAACCCAAAUAGUGGCGAGCUUAAAAGCGCUUCCCCUCUGAGAUGGGCCGAGCGAGCCGAGUACGAGUUUACUGUGACCGCUGCUGACCACGGCACCCCCGGCCUCAGUUCCACCUGCCAGCUUAGAAUACAGGUUCUUAGCUCCUCUCGGUCCAACACAAAGCACAACAUGCUCUCCAUGACCCUGAACACAGUGGAAGGAGCUGCUCCGGGCUCCAUCAUUGGCUCGGUCCGCCCUCAUGACCACCAUGAGUCUAAUGUGUUGGAAGGUCAGGUGACCUACCUGGUUGUGGGGGGGACAGACCAAGAUGGGACUUUCAUGGUGGACCGAUUAAAGGGUGAUGUGUAUCUGGUGCGGGAGCUGGACUACGAGAAGGGUUCGAGGUACACGCUGCACAUCGAGGUGUCUGAUUUCUCCAAGGCGUUUCCCAGCAGCCACCUGGUGCAGCUGGACAUCAUCGUGCAGGACAGCAAUGACCAUUCCCCCCAGUUCACAGAGGACCCCGUUACCAUUGUGAUCCCAGAGAACUUAGACACAGGGGCUUCCAUAUAUACAUUCCAGGCUUUGGAUCAGGAUGGUAGUGGACCCAAUAGUGAGUUGCAUUACUCAAUUGAGCACCACUGGCCUGACACUCCAGACCUCUUGACCCUCGACCCCUCAAGCGGGGUCCUGACCCUGGGGCAGAAGGUAGAUCGUGAGUCAACACCCUCCCUCUACCUGGUGGUGCGUGCCACAGAUCAGGCAGUGGAUCCUUCUCAGAGGCGCUGGGGUUCAGUCACUGCUCGAGUGUUUGUGACGGACGAAAACGACAACGCUCCGAUCUUCAGCUCUCCGUCUGCGGUCAGCGUCAUGGAGGAUCAGCCUGUAGGGUUUGUGAUAUUGUACGUGAUGGCUCGAGACGAAGAUGAAGGAGAAAAUGGCCGAGUAUCAUACAGAAUCCAGACAGGGAACAGCGCUGGCCGCUUUAGUCUGAACCCCAACACUGGUUCUCUCUCCAUCCUUAAAGCACUAGACCGAGAAGAGCAGGAGGUGUUUAAUCUGACCAUCAUAGCAGAGGAUCAUGGGAUGCCUCAGCUUUCCACAGCUCAGGUGCUGAGUGUGCAGGUGAUCGAUGUGAACGAUGAAGCUCCAAUAUUCCAGCGGGCAGAGUUUGAGGCCCAGGUGAUGGAAAACCAAGGACCAGGAACAACCGUGCUGAAAGUUACUGCCACUGACCGGGAUCAAGGUUCUAAUGGCCAAGUGACGUAUGGAGGUGUGACAGAGGAAGGCUUCAUCAUCAACCCUAUGACAGGAGUCAUCACCACUACGAGGGAACUAGAUGCAGAGCUCCAGGAUCACUACACACUCACUGUUUAUGCCAGGGAUGGAGGUCUGCCUUCUAACUUUGCCAAGGCUGUAGUCCGUGUGGCGGUGCAGGAUGUAAACGACAACACUCCAGUCUUUGCAAAGUCAUGGUACGGACUGGAGGUGCCAGAGAACCAGGCGCCCGUUGAGCUUUGCUUCCUCAAGGCCACAGACCCUGACUCAGGUCCUGGAGGAGAGCUGGAGUACAGGAUCACUGCUGGGGAUCCUGAUGGAGAUUUCCACCUCGAAACAAGCACUGGAGCCCUGUCCACGUCACGCGGCCUAGACAGGGAAACCAAGACUGAAUAUUUUCUGGAGGUGAUGGCCACGGACCGAGGCAGCCCAGCUCUCAGCGCUACUGUCACAGUGGAAGUGAAAGUGAUGGAUGUCAAUGACAACAACCCUGUCUUCAGCAGAAGUAGCUACUCUGUUGAAGUUUCAGAGGACGCUGCAGAGGGGUUCAAAGUUCUGGAGGUGUCAGCCACAGAUGCAGACGAUAACCUCAAUGGGAAGGUUUUGUACUUCCUUAGCCCAGAGGCGCACGGAGCAUUCAGUGUGGAUGAAAGCACCGGUGUUAUCACCACGGCAGCACCUCUGGACCGUGAAAAGAGGGCGUUAUACAGCUUCCAGGUGUUUGCAGUUGACCUUUCACCCGCUGAACCCAGAAACACCUCUGCUCAGGUAACAGUCACCAUCCUAGAUGUCAACGACAACACUCCCUUCUUCAUCCAGGAUCCGCUGGUCAUCGAGGUGUCCAGCAGGCGUUCCCAGCAAGUGCUUGCCACCAUGAAGGCCGAGGAUAAAGACUUUGGUGCCAACGGUUCUGUGUUUUACCGUUUCGCCAUGCCAGUCAAAGGCUUCAGCAUCAACUCCCUGACUGGGGAGAUCCAGGCCACUGAGCCACUGGGGGAUCUGACCCAGGCUCAGAGGACCCUGAUAGUGGAGGCCAUGGACCAGGGCAGUCCAGCUCAGUCUGCACAGGGAGUGGUGGUGAUUUACGUGAAGGAGGUGGAAUACAACGGAAUUCGCUUCUCUAGGAAUGCCAGAGACGUCAGCCUACAGGAAAACGCUGUGAAAGGCACAACUGUGGCUCAAGCUCAGGCUCAACACCCAGAUGGCACACGUAAUGAUAUCAGCUACACCCUUUUCAGUGGAAACAGAAGGCAGGCCUUCAGCAUCACCUCCGCAACAGGUGAAAUCAUGGUGAAAAGUCCCAAUGGGCUGGACUUUGAAGAUACCCCCAGGCUCCGUCUAGUUGUGAAGGCCGAAACCUUGUCCUCCACUUCUUUCAUGGCUAUAAACCUGAUCCUACAGGAUGUCAAUGACAACCUUCCUCGCUUUCAGCUGCAGAAUUAUGUGGCCUACAUGAGAGAAGCACAGGGAUAUGAAAUGGCCAUCAUACAGGUGAUGGCUGAGGAUGUAGAUCAGGGCCAAAAUGGUCAGGUGACCUACUCCAUCCAGUCAUCAGGCGUGAGCGGCCUGUUCAAAAUCGACCCAAUGACUGGAAGCAUCACCACAGCAGCCAUCAUGGAUCGUGAGAUCUUUACCCAGACCAAGCUUGUAGUUACAGCAACUGAUAGAGGAAGUCCAGGGUUGGCUGGUUCGGCCACAUUGACAGUGAUAAUUGUUGACCAGAAUGACAACAGUCCCACUAUCCCUCUGCCCAAGGAAAUCCGCAUCCCAGAGAAUAUGUUGAUUGGCACAGAGAUCACUCUUGUGACGGGUAACGACGUCGACUCCAGUCCUGCCCUCUCCUACUCCUUACAGCUGGACCCGACAGCAUUAGGCAAGUUUGGGAUUCACCGCUACAGUGGAGGCGUGUCACUCACUGCCCCUCUGGACUUCGAGGAGAAGACAUGGUACACCCUGACUGUCAGAGCCACGGAUAGCCAGCACCAAACUGAGGCCAACAUAACAAUACUGGUGGAGGAUAUUAAUGACAAUGCACCUGCUUUCACCAACGAUCUUUAUCAGGUAACUCUUCCUGAGCACACACCACCAGGUAGUGUCGUUAUCACAGUAACAGCAACUGACAGGGACUCUGGAGAAAACGGCAAGAUCACAUACAGAGUGACGUCAUCAACCCAGGAGGGAUUCUACAUUGACCCUAAUAACGGAACACUGUUCAUCAAUCACAGAGCGGAGUUCGACCCUGAACGUCCGUCGGUCAGUAUUGUUAUUGAAGCUAGUGAUGGAGGCUCUCCUUCGCUGUCCUCCCUCACCACUGUCCAGGUCCAAAUAUCUGACGUCAAUGACAAUGCUCCUGUAUUUCACCAAUCAGAGUACAGGGCUACGGUUUCCGAGGAUACCAUCCCAGGGUCAACAGUUCUGACUUUCGAAGCCUUUGACAGUGACCUUUCCCGAGAAAACUGCGGCUUUGAUUUUGCUAUAGCCAAUGGCAAUGAGGGAAAUGCAUUCCAGAUUGAAAGCAGCGUGCGGUUCCUGGAGGGGCGGGGCUUUCAGACCGUCGGGACUCUGCUGUUGGCCGAGGGGCUCGACUUUGAAACCAAGCCCAUUUACAACCUCACUGUGGUGGUGUCGGACCGUGGUGUGCCCCAGAGGAGCUCUAAUGUUGCUGCGGUGAUAACCAUUGGUGAUGUGAAUGAUAACCCUCCCGUGUUUAGCCGAGCAGAAUAUACUGUGUCUCUGAGUGAGGGAGCUGCCGCUGGGACUGAGAUCAUACGACUGACUGCUACAGACCCGGACUCAACUCCCAAUGCUGAGGUCCAGUAUACUAUCAGUUCUGGAGAUGAAGUGAACUUCUUUACCAUUGACCAGUGGACUGGAGCCUUGCGACUUCAGCGAACACUCGAUCGUGAGCACCAACCCACACAUGUUAUCAUCAUCCAGGCCACAGAUGGACAGGGUCACUUUGCACUCGCUCCAGUCAUUGUUGAGGUCAAAGAUGUGAAUGACAAUCAUCCGUUCUUCCCUGUGGAAGUCCUCACAGCCAGUAUCAAAGAAAACCGGCCAGCAAACUCAGCUGUGACUGUUCUUCAUGCCAUUGACCACGACACAGGUGUUUUUGGUCAACUGAAGUAUCACAUUGUGGAGCGGUCUGCGGCGGGAAGAGACAGCUUCACUGUGGACCAGAACACCGGAGAAAUCAAAAGCAAAAUUCCCUUUGACUUUGAGAAGGUCAACUCCUUUAACUUUGUAGCAGUGGCAGUAGAUUCAGGAAACUUCUCGGCCACUGUUACUGUACAAGUGUUUGUCACAGGUGAAGAUGAGUAUGACCCACUCUUCACAUCCUCUGAAUUCUCCUUUGAAGUCCCAGAAGGAGCUCAGAAAGGCCAAAGCAUUGGACAGAUCCAGGCAAAUGAUGAGGAUGAAGGGGUGGAUGGUAUUGUUCUCUAUUCUCUUCCCACCAGCUCUCAGUACUUUGAUGUAAACAAAACCACUGGGGUCCUUUUCUUAAAGUUGGACGGUUCAGGCAGCAGUGGUAGCAGCGGCUCAGGUCGGGGCAAACGGGAAACCAGGCUGAUGACCGUAGAUGUGAAAGCUCACAGUCCUCUAGAUGCAUCUCGCACCACUACAGCCCACGUCUCCAUCGACGUCUCAAACACCAACUUCGGCCUGGCCCAAGAUGUCAACAUCCUGCUGAUUUGCAUCAUUGCUGUGUCCCUCGGUUUUAUCGUAUUGCUUGUGAUCAUGGCUGUGGUGAUCUUUCUUGUCAAGUCACGCAGAAAGAAAAAAGCCCAAGAUGCAGGAAACAGGACUGUUGCAUCAGGAACAGCUCUGCAGAAACUAGAUGAUUGCAACUCAAGGUCAGGAGGGGAGAGGAUUUACCACCAAGCCUUGCCGGGCUAUGCUGGAGAUCAGGGUGGGGCUGGAGGUGGACCCUACACUAGAGGGGGCUCCCUGGACCCCUCUCACUCCAGUGGAAGAGGAUCAGCAGAGGCAGCGGAGGACGAUGAGAUCAGGAUGAUAAACGAGUAUCCCCGUGUUGCCUCCAUCACCUCGUCCAUGCAGGAGCACAUCUCUGCCAGAGGACCAGACUCUGGAAUUCAGCAGGACGCCGAUCAGCUCUCCGAUAUAUCCUGUGAGCCGGCAGCUUUGGAGGGCAGCACUUGGUUCAAAGGAAAGAAACUGGGAGGCAGUAUCAGUGGGACCCUGCUCUCUGGUCAACUACCAGCCUAUAGGGAUGAGGGAGGUGGGUACCUAGGAGCAGGACGAGGCCUCAAUAUUACACUCCCCAAGGAUUACGCCUUCCCAGAGGAUGGUAAACCUAGAGUGGAUGGUUCCCUCACGGCUAUUGUUGCCAGUGAUGAGGAGCUACGCGGUAGCUAUAACUGGGAUUACCUACUCAACUGGUGCCCUCAGUUCCAGCCUCUGGCUAAUGUCUUCACAGAGAUCGCCAGGCUGAAAGAUGAAACUGCACAGCAGACCCAGAAUCCUCGUCAACCUUUCCAGCCAAAGCACAAAAUGGAUCCCAAACCUAGAAUUGAUCCUCCGCCACUCAUCACAUCAGUGGCUCAUCCAGGGGCCAUGUCAGUUCCCCCCAAGGUCCCUGUGAUUGGACGGACAUUCCCCCACUUGGCCUCACUCCGCAGGUCCCCUAUCAGUCAUGAAGGAUCCAUUUCCUCAGCAGCGAUGUCCCCAAGCUUCUCCCCUUCGCUGUCCCCUCUGGCAGCUCGAUCUCCUGCUGUUUCUCCCUUUGGAGUCAACCAGGGGCCGUCAGCAUCCAUGAUCAGCACCAGGGAGCCCUCGCUGGACCAGAGUCCAGAUCGUGAGAUGAGAAUAUGAUCUAGAAACUAAACAAAUAUUUAAGUCAGACAAACUGAAUCCUUUUGGCUGUUCUUUUGAUGGAAUGAAAAAAAGCCAAUGGAGGAGGCAGUUGUACUCUCAUUCUCAGAAACAAAGUUUCAGCAUGAGAAAGGAGCUUACAAAAAAUGUCCAGAUUUUGAGGUGUGUUUCAAGUGUCUGACCAAAAUGAAUUUUGGACAAUAAACACAUCCACAAAAACAUACUUAACCUUCUCAUGGUAGAAUAUGUGCAUACUUUGAAGUAUUUCCAUUGAUCCGCAGUGUCACAGGAAUAUACAAAAUGGGAACAUGUGCCUGGGUUGACAGGACGGCCCACCCUCACAACAGUGACGCAGGUCUCCAUGAACUGAUCGGGGUUAAGGGCUAAACUGACCUCUUCAUGGGAAUGUGUUCUUACUAUGCCCUGCAGUCAGAGAUCCCUUAGUGUGUAGAUAGAUACAUGUGUAGUUUUCAUGUCCCUCGCUGGCUGGCCAGGGAGCUAAGGACAUUGCUCCUCUCUUUGUGUCAUUUUUACACUCCAGUAUUAAUCUCAUCUAGUGGCUGCGUUUAAAAUGGCCUCUGGACAUGUAUGUGUGGAUCCCAUGGACAUUCAAACAAUGUGUGUUCACAAAAACACUGAUUCAUUGAACUGACAAUGCAUUACACAGUGGAGCAGCACUGGUGAUUAUGGUUUUUCACACCAAUUCAGAUGACAGUUGUUUUGAUUUUACUUUUAUAUAUUUUUAUAUAAAAUUAUUAUUUCAGAUCCAGAAAUGCCAUUAUUCCACUUGGGAGGUUAUUGUUAUUGUGUAUUUGCAUAUGUGUAUAUUUGUAUGUAUGCAGGCUACGCUAUGUACUGUAUGUGUCUCCUAGGUUUUAGAGACUCUUGUGAUGGUUCUGAUGUGAGUGAGAGGGGGAUGUUGUGUUUUUAGCAUUAUUUAUAUAAAAACAGGACUUGCUGCCACAUUUUGACAGUAGGAAACCAAGCACAGCUCACACUAUGCUGUGUUGUUACCUUAAGAAUUUUUCUUUUUUUGUCAAAAUUGUAGAUCAUCGAAUAUCCUAAACAGAAACUGUAUGGCAACCUGUGAUUGAUCUUAAUGCCUGCUUCUCCAGUAGCUCAGCACUCUAUUGUGGUGUGCAGUUUUGUACGGCAGCACAUUCCCUUUGUUAUUCAAGGAAAACUCAACUUGCUGUUCACCUCUGUGUCUUUGACAGAAAAAGUGCUUCCUGAAAUGUACACCAGUCAUUAACUUAAAUGUAUUUUACUGUGAAGUUGUUCAUCUCAGCACAACAUAAAUAACAUGCAAUGCAUGGGCUGGGCUUUUCAUAGGAAAGUGGAAUAACUUGGAGAAAUACGUGAUUACGGAGUAGCACGUGAUACAGACAAGUGGGAAGCAAAUCCCUGAACUCAUUAGCCCUGAUGAAUGUACAAAGAUUAAGCAACCAGUGCAGUAUUUAUUUUCCAUGUUAACUCUCAGUUCUGUGCAUUUGUAUUGCUAUGAUUCACUCUUCUGUAUUGUCACCAACAUGAUGAGGUGUUUUCUGGUUCCAUGUGUUUAACUCAUCAUCUGCACCCUUUCUUCUGCUCUCAUUGUUCAGAUCGAGUUUUACAGAUCUGAUUGCAGAGCACGAGGCAACAGGCUUCACAUUUGUCUUUUCAUUAUCUCAUGCAUAUUUAUCCUAUUUAAUAUUUUUGGGUAUUUGCAGAGAUUGGAAGACUUUUGUUUUCAAAAAACGGCUUCUACCUCUGUUCUGUGUUCAACAAAACGCUGCAAAACCCCUCAUUCAAAUUUGGCAUUGGUUUAAUCAAAAACUUCAUAUCCAAAAAGCCUAACUCUAGCACAUCAUCUAUCCAACUCAUAAUCAUGCUGUAAGGACAUUUUCUGUAUCUCCAUUUGGACUUCAGUUUGAGAAGACUGUCGGGGACUGAUCAGUGAAGCAAUGGCAGAAAAAAGAAAGCUGUACAUGUAUUUAAAGCAAAUAAUAAAUUCCUACUGAUCUCUUUUGACAAA